AUGGAUGUCUCGCAUUAUGCUGAAACCAAGAGUAGAGGUUCAUCCCCACGCAGCCACUACUGCAUUUCCGUGGCAACGCAGUUGGCAGCCGGAUUAGCCUAUUUGGAAUCCUGCAAUUUCGUGCAUAGAGACAUUGCGGCACGAAAUUGCCUGGUGGAUGAAGAGGGAAAUGUUAAAAUUGCUGAUUUUGGCAUGGCACGAAGUCUCUACUCAAAUGACUACUAUCGAGUCGAAGGACAGUUUGUUUUGCCCAUCCGAUGGAUGGCAUGGGAAAGCCUGCUGCUGGUUAGUUGCUAUAUUUCAGUAUGGGGACCCUCUCUAAUGUGCUGGAACCACCGGAUUUUCAUCUGA